GGUACAGAGUCAACAGAGGCCGCCAUACAUUCUCGUGUCGUCUUUUAUUGCUCCUAAUAUUUUUCCUCCUCAUUUAGGCCAACGUUUUACCCCAACACGUUAUAUUAUUUUAAUUCAUGUCAUAUAAUUUAAGAACGUUGAAUUGAAUUCGCAUGCCUUACUACAAUUUUUGGCAACUUAACCUUGUCCUGUGUGUCAGUCAGCUAGACGCUACAAACAGUUAAUGGAUGUAACGAGCAGCUAAAAUGUCUGCAUUCGGUUUAAAGUCCUCAUCGUUUAAGGUAAUAACAGGUAUUUCGCGUUGCCUUUGGUUUGGACGCAGCAAGUUUACCAAAUCAAGAAUUCCACCAGAGCAUUUUGCAGAGCGGUCAAAGGAACAUGAGAAAUAUGGCGGUGACCCCGAACAGCCCCACAAACUACACAUUGUGACACGGGUUAAAAGUGCGAUGAGACGGCCAUACUGGGAGAAAAACCUGGUCAAGCACUUGGGCCUCGAGAAGGCGCACGUGCCUGUAAUCCACAAGAACACACCUUCAGUCAACUACAGACUCAAGGUCAUUAAACAUCUUGUCAGGAUCGAGCCACUAAGGACGCCAUACGGGCUCCCAUCCGAGCAGGAUAUGGCUGACAGCUACAUCAACAGCAAAGGAGAGCUGAUUAUUCGACGCCUGCUCACACCUCUCCAGCCCAAGGCCAUAGAGUCUUAGUGCAGUCACACAUGCAUACUAUUGACAGGACCUUGUCAUAUUAUCACAUCACUCUUUUUGGGGGAUUAUUUUCUUGUAUUGCAGCUGUCAUUUAAACUGCUCCAAAUGGUGUUCCAGUGCGACCGGCAAAUGACCGUCUUACACGUUACUGCAAAUAUUCAAUUAAAAAAAUUCGAGAAAGGUGCCGUCUUGC